GCCUCUCUGAUUUCUAAAACGGACUGUGUGUGAAGGAGAAACCAACCAACCAACCACGGAGGCUGGAAAAACCUCCCUCCGGACACCAUCACCAAAGCUCAUCACUCCGCAUCUCUACGCCGAUCAUCUGUCCGGUGUCAGGUGGAUGGAUCAGCUUCUGGGCGGGACAGCUGGAGGGAGUAAAUGCUCAGGGAGUGACAGUUUGGAGAUCAGUGAGUGAGACGUCUUGAUGGUGGACAACAUCGGGAACAUUCGCCCUGAAAAGAAAUUUCCAGCAGGUCUUGGAGGAGCUGGGAGGAGAGCACGUUUAUAGACUUGGUCAGGCUCCUUCUAAGGAGGAGAAGAAGCUUUGGGGGGACUGAGUUUCUGAUGUGAGUGAGCACUGCAGAAUGCGUAAAAUGAAGCUGCAGAAUAAAGUUAAAAACCUCACAGGCAACUGCGGGUAGCCUGCUGCGACUGGACUGCAAUCAUGUAGCCACUUUGCAGGAUACUUUGAAGAGUAGCUCGAAGAAACAGGACAGACAGAGGUUUAUUUGCGCUCCUGGUCCUAGUCCACUCCAGCCAAACAUGGCAAGAAUACGAAGGAAAGCUUGCAUAGCUCUCUUUCUCUUUACGCUAUUCAUCUUUGGGGCCAUGAUGGGACUGAGGACCCUGAAGCCAAGUGACGGCUUCUCGGAUCUGGCUCCAGGUUUGGAGCUCCUGCCGAUGAUAGGCGGCAAGAUGGACCGGCGCUCCGUAUCCCUUGACGCCACCGCGUCCCCUGGUCAUGCCCGACCGGCUGGCAGCAACCCCAAAGCAGUUUUGUCCAACUCCGGUCCGGAGGGGACCAUAUUUUAUGAUGUUCAAAUUUUUUACUACACCUGGUACGGUAACCCACACAUGGACGGCAAAUACAUUCACUGGGACCACAUCCUGGUUCCACAUUGGGACCCCAAAAUCGCAUCCAGCUACCCGAGAGGAAGGCACAUGCCACCCGAGGACAUCGGCUCCAGUUUUUACCCUGAACUCAAUCCGUACAGCUCGAGGGACCCGGACGUGUUGGAGUCCCACAUGGAGCAGAUCGGAGCAUCUGCAGCAGGGGUUCUUGUCCUGUCCUGGUAUCCUCCCGGCUUGGCAGACGACAACGGGGAACCCGCUGAGGAUUUGGUACCAGCUGUACUGGACGCUGCAUAUAGACACAACCUCAAGGUGGCAUUUCACAUUCAACCAUACAGAGGACGAAACGACCAGAGCGUGCACGACAACAUCAAGUAUAUCAUUGACAGGUAUGGUGACCACGGAGCCUUCUACAAGUUUACUUCCAGCACAGGGAAGAGUCUUCCUCUGUUUUACAUCUAUGACUCCUACCUGACCCCACCAGAGUCCUGGUCUGAAUUCUUGACUCCAAGCGGCUCCCACAGUGUACGCGGCUCAGCUUAUGACUCCGUCUUCAUCGCCCUGAUUGUGGAGGAGCGCCACAAGCACGACAUCCUCGCAGGUGGCUUUGAUGGCAUGUACACUUACUUUGCUUCCAACGGUUUCUCCUUCGGCUCCUCUCACCAGAACUGGAAGGCCAUCAAAGCUUUUUGCGACGGCAACAACCUCCUCUUCAUCCCCAGCGUCGGCCCUGGUUAUAUCGACACAAGCAUCCGGCCGUGGAACAACCACAACAUGCGCAACAGGGUGAACGGCCGUUACUAUGAGACGGCCCUGCAGGCGGCGUUAAACGUGAGGCCUGACAUCGUCACCAUCACGUCUUUUAACGAAUGGCACGAGGGGACGCAGAUAGAGAGGGCGGUACCAAAAAAAACAGUGACUCGUGUGUAUUUGGACUAUCACCCGCAUGGGCCUGAUCACUACCUGGAGUUGACCCGCCGCUGGGCGGAGCAGUUCAACAAAGAGAAGGAGCAGUGGCUCAUGUGAGCUUUUUGUCAAAAUGACUUGAAACAACAUGCUCUAGUGGAAGUGUGUGUAGACAUGAAAGGAAUACAGACUAUCGACUAUCGUGCAUAAGGACUUGACCUUUAAUUGACUAGAUGUGAAUAUUUGUGUACACUUGCUGAUCUGCAAAAAUAGGACCGUGUUGGGGGUGCGUCUGUCUUGGUUGAGUGUUUUGGUGACGCAGCAUUAAAAAGGUUAUUUGUGGGAUUUUGUUUGAUUUUCUUUUGACAUGCUAAAAUGCUCUCUGAUCUGUAUUCACUCAAUGUAACUUAAUGAACAACUGCCUCAAACAAACUCCUGCCUGAGAUAUUCAUAAACACUAUGUGUCACUACGUAAGGGCCUUGUUUUCUCUCUACAGUUAAAUAAUACAACUGAUUACCACAGAGAUACUUUUAUGGGUUAUUAUUCAUCCACAACAGGCUCUCAAAAAGAAAGAAAAAGAAAAGAAAAAGCGUUGAUCUUCUCUUUACCCCGGUUCAAUAUCCACUUGUUCCCAAGAAAAAUCCCCCAACCCUCUUGACAAAACUUCAAGUAUAUUAUUUGGUGAAUAAAAUAAAAGUACCCCUCAAGUUAUUUUAGCAUGCAGAUAAAAAGUGUUCCUUUCCACUGUGCUUACCAACAAAAGGUCUUCAGUGUCAAGAUUAUCUUAGUACAUUUGGCAAGUGAAGAAAGUCUGACAAUGCAUUAGUUGUCUGAAUUUUGCUAAACUUUUCCUAAUGUUUACAAACCUACCUGAUAAUCUGAAUUUUGAUGCAAUUCCCCUUUAAAGAAAGAACCAGUGUUCACUGUGGGCACAUAACCUUCUCUUACUGAAGCAAAACUAACAGAAUCAGCAGCGGAGCGUACAGGCUGAGGCUCAAUGUUUUGGAGUGGCUGUACGAAUAGAAACGUACCACUGACUGACACUAAAUGGAUUCUUGUGAUUCAGAUUUGAUGAAAUCCUUCUGUCUCUUAAAGUAAAAGAUGCUUUCCGAAAGGCAGGUUUUGAGAAUAAAAGUAUGUUCUGUGAUGUGUCGGGGUGUGAAGGGCACUUCUUAGUGUUUUUUAACACUUACGAGCUGACUCUUGAUUUCACACUCCAUUAAGAAUCAACUAUGAGUAAAAUGCAGACACCUAAAAAUAAAAGACACAAGUAUGUCUCAGAUGGCUUCUUAUGCAUGAGUAAGACUUUAUUGUGACUGUGCCAAGGUUGUACAAUCCAUUGAGACAAGUUUACAUCAUGCUCCAGUUUUUGAAACACAAGUGGGCUGAUGAAUUUUAUGCUGUUCCGACGAAACUCCAAUAAAAUAUUACAGUAUUCUCCAUCUUGUAAAUGCAAUAUAGUUUAAUCUACAACAUAAAACAGUGUUGUUUCAACUGUGGCAAGUGACCAAUUGUGAUGCAAGCCUAACGGAUAAAAUAAAUACAGGGGAUUCAUACUUUUAAAAAAUAAUUUUGGACUUUGGUUAUAAAAUAAGUUCCCGAAAUUAUCAAGUCAAAA